AUGAGGUUGAGUUGGGCCGAUUUUUUAUGUGGCAGCCCUAACAAUGGUCGCUCUGCUCCCUCUUUCUCCCUUCUUGCAGAAGGAAAAUACAGCUUUAUCUUCAAAAUGAACACUGCUGAUUUUCGUCAAACCUGCCGCAGCUUGGCCUUUAUAGGGCAGGAAGUCAGAAUCACCAUCGGCCAAGACAGAUCUGUCAUUUUCAAGACCACCAAUGGUGAGGCGUUGGAGCACGGAAUCUCUGUCAAACCUUCCGAAGUGAAGUACAGCAUUGUGCCCCGAUACGGUUUCUGCUUCGAUCUCAUAGAUCUGAGUAAGUUGGCUGAGGCGAUGUACGAGCUUGGCCAAGAUAAAGUGUUGACUUUCGGACUCGGCCGACCUGGUCAACCAAUGGUCAUUUGUGCUAACUACUGCGGUGGCGAAUCAAAGUCCUUUAUCGUCCCUAGAUUGUAA